AUGAAUGAAAUUGAUGGUGCCCCAGUCCAGUCCAUAGACUUCCUCAUCAAAUUUGCCUCCGGAUCGGUGACCCAACGUGCAGGCAAAAAGGCUGCAAAAUCUUCCAAAGAAAAGACUCCAAUGGUCUUGAGAAGGCCUGUGAUUUGCAUCUGCAAUGACAUAUAUGUACCUGCACUUAGGGCCUUGAGGCAAUGCGCCUUUGUGGUCACUUUUCCUCCGACGGAAAAUAGCAGGCUUGCAGAAAGGUUGCUGGAAAUAUCAAAAGCUCAAAAUUUAAAAACAGAUCUCGGUGCCUUGCUGGUUUUGGCUGAUAAGACAAAUUGUGAUGUCAGAUCCUGUUUAUCAGCACUUCAAUUCUUUAGUGGUCGUAAGAAGCAACUUCGCAUAAUGGAUGUGUACAAGAGCAAUAUUGGUCAGAAAGAUAUGCAAAAGGGGAUGUUUGCAGUUUGGAAAGAUAUUUUCCAGAUCAGACGACCAACAAGAGGCCUAACGGACAAUUCGAAUAAAAAUAAUGUUAUGAAUGAAAAUGAGGAACCUGAUAACGAAAUGAGUUUCAAUGCUAGCCAGGCUGCCGAUAUGAGCGCAGCAACCAGGAUGAAAUAUGUCCUGGACACUAUGUAUUCCGUUGGAGAUUAUGAAAGAUUAAUGCAAGGUGUCUACGAAAAUUAUCUAUCAAUGCGCCAGCCCGAUCCUGAUAUGAUUGGAGUGUGUGAUGCAACCCAAUGGUUUUGUUUUUGUGACCAGGUUCUUCAUGUUGUGAACACGACGCAGAAUUAUUCUACGUACGGUUAUUUGCCUUAUGCGUUUGCAGCUUGGCAUUUGCAGUUUGCUUCGUUGGCCUGGCAGAAAGUGCAGUUUCCUAAUAAAGGAUUCGAGGUUCAACAAAAACGAGCAACAGCCUUAGGAGUCUUAGAAGCCUUAAGAAGUGGUUGCCAAAGCACUGGACGUACUGCUGUUGUCUCCAGAAAACAGCUGGUUCUUGAUGUUCUUGGUAUUUUGAAACGGAUUUUGAGCCCUAGUUUGAGGAACGUGUCUUUGCAACUACUGACACCAAGUGAACGUUUGGACCUCAGACAUGCCGUCAACGUGAUGGCCGAUUUGGGCUUAGCUUAUUCCCAAGGAAGAUCAGCUGAUGGAACUUACCAUUACCAACUGGAACCAGAUAUAGAUUUGGUUGGACUGUUUCCGAUGUUCCCCAGCCUCAAACUUUGUCCUAUUGGGGGCAGCAGCUGA